GUUCGUGAAUGACAGCAAAUUCCCGUAAUGACACAAGAAAAGAAAGAAGUCAAGUCAAAAAUGCGUUUUGACCGAAAGGUGGAAGAAAAGGUCCGCGAGAGGAAAGAUCCGCCCCCAACGAAGAUCGUGGUGCGACGGUUACCUCCAAGCUUGACGUCUGAAGCUUUCCUAGAACAAGUCUCUCCUUUACCCGACUAUGACUACUUCUCCUUUGUCAAGGCCGAUAUGAGUUUGGGAAAAGAUUCCUUCACCAGAGCUUACCUCAACUUUGUACAACAUGAAGACAUCUACACUUUUACAGAUAAGUUUGAUGGCUACGUAUUUGUUGACCCACGUGGAGGUGAAUAUCCAGCAGUUGUGGAACUUGCCCCAUUUCAGAAAAUACCAAAGAAAAAAGGCAAGAAGUUGGACCCAAAGAAAGGCACCCUUGAACAAGAUGCUGAUUACCUAGCCUUUGUGGAGAUGCUCCAGAACCCUGAAUCAGACCAGAGCUCUUCACUAGAUAAUUACCUGGAGGAACUGGAAACAAAGGAGAAAGAACUCAAAGCAAACCAUGGCUGCCCCAAAGUGACCACGCCUCUGAUAGACUAUAUCCGGCAAAGGAAGGAAGAGAAGAGAGUUGCUCUACAGCGGAGUAGGGACGAAAGACGAAAAAAAGAGUUGGAAAGGAAAAAAAUCAGAGAUGAUGACCGAAAGAGACGAAAAGAGAGAGAGGAGAAGUUGAAAGAAAGAGAGAAGUCAAAAGAUUCUGAGAAAGACUACGACAACAAGAAAGAGGAUUCUUAUGUGAAACAACUACUGAAGAACCCUGAGAGAGAAAAGGACAGAGAUCACCCUAAAGAUAGGGACAAGGAGAAUUACAAAGAGAGAGAAAAAUCCAAACACAGUGAUUCUGAGAAACCUCGAGAGCAGUUGAGAUUCUCCAAGGAAAAUCGUGAAAGGGCCGCCAAGGAGAAGGAAGAAGAGAAAGCACGUCAGAACAGGACGUCCAAGUCCGCGUCUAGCUCGGAUAAAUCUCGCGUCGGCUCUGCGAGAGAGGACAAGCACGAUUCAGGUGAUAAGAGGAAAAGCGACGAUCGCACUAAGAGUAGUCACAGCAGUGAUGAUCGGAGGAGCAAGGAGGAUAGAGGAAAGGGGAAGGAUCGUGACAGGGAGGAUACAGACAAAGGGAAACAAAGCGAUCGAGAUCGUGAUCGACGGCGAGAUAGAGGUUGGGACAAAGAGAGGGACAAAUACAGAGAGCAAAGGAGUAGAGACAAUAAUCAUGGUAACAAGGGGAGAGAUAGAGAUGUGGACUGGGAGAGAGAUAAGAACAAAGACAGGGGGGACUACAGGGAUAGAGACAAAGGGAGGGAAAGAGAGAAAGGUCAAGGUCGCCAGGGUUCAGGCAAGGACAAGAGCGAAUCUGAGGCCACAAGCAAUAAAUCCAGCAGCAGAGAAGAUAGAAUCAAGUCUGCAGGAGGAAAACUUUCAGCAGAACCAUCUGGUGGUCGAGAUGAUAAGAAGGGAGGUAACCAUGAUGAUGAGAGCAGUCGUCGCCGGAAUGAUCGUGAAAGAUACAAGGUGGAAGGGAAAACUAAGGGGAGUGAAUCUGAUGUGCAGAGUGACAGGAAAGGGAAAGACAACUCUGAUAAACCCUCAGCUGGCCAAUCAAAAGCUAAUUUAGAUAGCAAAACUAGCCAAUCAUUACUGUCAGCAAAAGAUGCUUCUGUGAAGGGGAACAAUGCAGAGGAGAGCGAUGCAAGUAAAGAUGAUGGCUCUUCAGGGAGACGACGCAGAAAGGAUCGGCCAGAGAGAGCAAUCUAUGUGCCCCGCAAAGCGCGAGAAAGUCGCAGUGCAACAGAUGCGAAAAGUUCAGAGAUCAAGUCAGGUGAAAGGUCAUCCAAGUCAUCAAGCACAGACCCAUCCACCCAGGAGAAGAAGAAAGAUCAAGACUUUACAGAUAAAAGCUAAAGUGAACUCAUUUUCUGGUCAUCUGACUUCACUACAUUUUUGUCGCAUAACAGGGGAAUUUAGAGUUUGAACUCUUCUGUCGUUAAAGGUAAAAAUCAGUUCUACUUUAUUGUGUGACUUGUCAAAAAUAUCAGGCAACCUUUACUGACAUUAAUUUACUGUUCACCUCUGUCCACAUUUUUCAGAGGCACAAAAGACACCACUUGCCUUCACUAAUGUUCAGAUCCUCAGCUGUUUCCAUUGUUUGUCUACACUAAAUCACUUUUGGCAAAGCUCAGAUGUCCAUGUUAUCGUAACUGUAAUCAAAAAUAGUUCCCUAACAUCUUUGACUGGUCACAUGGUACAGCAGGACUUUUUUACCUUUAGCAGUGUAAGACUUUAAACUGGAUCCUCUCCUAUUGGCUAAUUCAGAAUUGUGGAUUCAACCUGCUAAGGUUAGGUCAGGAGUUACAGAAGGCAUGUUCAUGUCUGCCAUGUGUCAAGACACAAAAGUAAGACAGCUGAAGUCAGUUGUUCAAAAUGGGGAGUUUAGAGUUUGAGCUCUUCCUUGGCUGAAGGGAAAAAAACUCCUACAGCACCACGUGACAGUUUUUGAUUAUUUUCACAAUAACAUGGACGUCUGAAAAAAUGCUUCACAAAAUUUUAUUUAAAUGCAAAAAUUAUUGAGAAGUUGUUUGUGAAAUGUGAAAAGUUCGUGAAGGAAAGAUGUGCCAUGUAUGCCUCCAGAACACAGUGAGGCAGGUGUAAGGUAAAUUAUGGUCAGUGAAACUUGCUUAACGUUUUUCACAAGUCACAUGAUACAGAAGUCUUUUUACCUUUAUUAGCUAUAGAAUUUGAACUCGAAACUCUCGUAGAAUAUUAAAAAGUUAAGAUUCAGUCUGAAAAAAAUUGCAUUUUUUCAUAUGUGAGUUCAGAAGAGACUAAUAUUAAGAUUACUGUAUCUUCCUGAAAAGUUCACAUGAGAAAUGCAGUUUUAGAGGAAAAAGGUCAUAAAAUAUGAAUUUUGGUGCGGAAACUGACAUUUUGGGAAGGUAGGAUAUCAAACCAACUAGGAAACCUCUCCCUAAGGUGAAUAGAACCUCCAGAGUGAGGAGACAAGAGGAACGUAGUCAUAUUCAAAAUUUUGCAUCAAGUAGAGCGUUUUAGGUUGAAACAUGGAGGUAUGUAGUUAUGUAUACUUCCAUCGUUGAAGCAAGCAUUGUGGAUUCCCAGAACGCAAUGAAGUUUUAUUUUCAUGCAAAUUUCUUUGAGAUUUUUAACGUAGUUUAAAAGUUAAAGUUACAUUACCCGCUGCAAAACAUCCAUACUGACAUCUUCUUGAAAUGUUACUGGUAUGAAGCCAUACAGCUCCAUGUUAUUGGAGAAGGUAGUUCAAGGAUAUAACAACGUGUACCUGUAGACGGAUAUCUUAAUGGCGUCAAACACAUGUUCCAGCAGAUACAUUCAAAAUACACAUGUUUGUAUGGACCCGGUCAUAAGAGACAAAUUGAAGCCAUUGUUCUUUUGUUCCAACUAUUCAUUAAUCCAACUUUUUAGUCAUGUUUCUAGCAUUUAGGGCUACCAGAUUGAGAUGGAAAUUUUUGCUUAGAAGACGAAUGUGGUGCUAUUGAUUAAUACUGCGAGCCUGUACAGCAGUUAAUUUUUAUUUUUUAAUUUUCAACGGGGAUCAUUUCUGUGAGACGUUCCACAAAAAAGGAAAGUCAGUGGAUAUAUUUGGUGUAGGACAACAGUGGUUACCAAGGUUACUAGUAAAGCAUACUUCACUAUCUGUGAACUUUUGACAUUAGUGAUGAAAUACUUUAAAAUGCUUUGUGUUUAUUCUCAGGGUUGUGGUUUAAAGGUAAGACCCUUAAUUUGGAUAAUUUGGAUAAUUUUAUGCGCCUCCUAACAUUUAAAUUUAUAAAUUUCCUUUGAUACACGUAUGCAUUCGUAUACACAAAGAAUAUAUUUGAGCUCAUUUUGUGAUAUUGUAUUUCAUGUGUGCAAUUUGAUACAGCAUACAGCCUAAGUAUUUGGUUAUAUUUGUGACAAUAUGUGUAGAUUAGCUAUUUAUGAAGUAGGCUUUGGUCAACCUGAUCCGGGACAACCUGGGAUAAAUGUGUGAUUCUUUAUUACAGCACAAAAGCUCUUCAGUCUACAUGUGCAUAUUGGCAAUUCUGACAUCUACCUUGACCUGAUUCAUUGAAAACUGACCAAAGGUAGAACCUGAAUUUAUUAUUUAUUGUUGUAUUGUUCUUGUUGUAAAUUGAUGAAGUAAACACAAUGGAAUUUCA